AUGUUUUUGGUGAAAUGUUUUGUGUUAGCGGCUUUUGUGUUAACAAGUUGUGUUGCCAAGCCUGCAAAUAGAGAGUUGUCUGUAGAAGAAGAUUUGGAAUUAGAGAGACAACUUAAGCUUUUGAAUAAAUCGCCUGUUAAAACGGUCGAGACUGAAUAUGGUCAGAUCUAUGAUUGUAUAGAUUUUUACAAACAACCUGCGUUCGAUCAUCCUCUCUUGAAAAACCAUAAUUUUCACCCUCAGAUGAAACCAAGCAAUGUGAAUAGACCAGAGAAAAUUGAGAAUGAAGAAGAGCGAGAACGACGUCGUAACGAUAAAACAAAAUCAGUUACUUUAAAAGGAGUUGGAUGUCCACGUGGCACAGUCCCAAUUAGAAGAACUACCAAAGAAGAUCUAAUAAGACAAAAAGUAUUCAACCAAAUGUUUGACUCAAAUAUUCAUCCUCAAACCGAUUCCGAACCGGGUUUGCACUAUGCAGGAGGUAGAGUCCGACCAGAGUGGAUAAAGAAGAAUAUAGGAGGAGCAGAUGCUCACUUCGCUUUAUACCAAACUCCAUAUGUUAACCAACUUCAAUUCUCUUCCGGUUUAAUCAAAGUAUCCAAUGGUACAGAUUUCAUCAAGGCUGGUUGGACGGUGAAUCCGACGCUAUAUGGAGAUGAUCGUUGCCGGUUAUUUGCAUAUUUGCAUACGCGUGAACAACACUGUUUCAACAUGAACUGUCCAGGUUUUGUGAUAACAAAUUCCGAUAUACCUCUUGAUUAUGCAUUUCUAGAGGUUUCAAAGACCGGAGUGCUUAUGGUCGAAGCUAGAUUCUACAUUUUUCGAGAUCCAUUUAAUGGAAACUGGUGGUUAAACUUAGGAGAUAAAGAUAAGGAACAAAAUAUCGGCUUUUGGCCGUCUCGCAUCUUCACUGAUUUAGCAUACAAUGCAGACGAUGUUUUUUGGGGUGGAGAAUUGUUCACGAUUCCAAACUCGAAGAGUAGUCCGAUGGGCAAUGGACUACAAGUUGAGUACGAUGACCCGAAACUUUAUGCGUACGCUCGUAAUAUCUCUGUAGUAGAUGCUGAUAGUCAGGAAAUCAUUGGUGUGGUAGGUGCUAAUCAGAUGUUGGGGAGACAAAUGGUUUUGCUUGUGAGGGGGAAAUGGUUCGAAGGCGGGAAUGGAGUGUGGACUUUUCUGACGGAGCGCACAGGGAAUAGCCAAGCUGUUUUUCUCAGCUCAAGGAUGAAGUUCAAGGAAGUGGUGAAGCUGACUAAAGAGAAAAUGGGGAUACACGAGGACGUCGGCGUGGCUCUUACUUACCAGUGGCCCGUGUACAUGCUUAUGGACGACGGGAGGGACGCACCACCAGUCUCCAUAUGA